ACAAGAGAUUUCUUUUUAGUCGUCAACACAAUCCACAAAGGGUCCAAUACCGCCGGGUGUCGCCGCCGCUUGCAAACCCUCCGACGCUCCGAUUGGCGCGCACGCUUCCGUUCUAGUGGGCGCAGCCACAGUGGUGACGCUGUUGAGCAGCUUUCAAGGCCUGGCCUCACUCCACCCUCACCUUUCCUUUCCUCUCAACAUCACAAGACUUGCACACUGCCUCACUCGCGCCCUUUUCUAUACAAACUCGUCCAUCACUUCCUGCGGCCCCAAACCCACUGCAAACUUAUUCACCGUCCUGACCGCGACCCUCAUCCUCUCCGUACUACAUUGUUUCAGCCUCAUCUUCUCAACUUGGAGUGCACGAGCCCAACCAUGACCUGGAAGAGCACUUCGACCAGCGGCUCGUCCGCGAGCAGAGCGAGCUCCCUCUUCGGUCUGGAUGAGGAAGACAAAGCGAACAUUCUCGUUUAUAGGUAUCGCUCGGGGAGCAAGUCUUUGGAAGUCACUUCCCAGCAUGACUUGUGCAAAACGUUGGACCAAGACGACGAAAACCUGCCCUAUAUGCGCGUCACCAAGAAGCAUAUCCCUCGUGGCAAUAGCCGCCUAGAGGUCCGCACCGAGGAUCUUCUGCCGCCAGACGACGUCGAGAAGUUCGCCAUGAAGCCGACUCUCAAAUCUUCGCUCGCCAACGUUGGUCUCCCGUCAAGUGCCUAUUGGAAACGCCUUCUUUUCAACUCGUACCCCGAGCUCUACAUUGUGUCACGAUCCGUCACGCCCAGCCCCGAAUCGUCCAGAUUCAACUCUCCCGAGUCAUCCAAAAACAACUCUCCCGAGAGUUCGCAGCAUGUUAGCCCUGCAACAACAAUUCCAGUCGAUACGCCACAUCCCUUACAGGAUCCUCAAGCAUCAUAAUAAUUGGCGGCGAAGCCUAGGCUUCAGCAGUUCUAUUCUCGACUCAUGCGACUUUGGCGCUUGUCUUGGAGGACGUGCCCCACAGUUUUGAGUCAUCGCUUUCCAGAUACUUGGGUAUGGUAGUAUCGGCUUUCGAACGCUCCAGACCAACGUCUAUUCAUCUUUCAAGCGAUGCUUUGGUCAUACGUUCUUUCCUUUUUAUACCCAACGUCAACAUUACUUUAGCGGACGGCGUUGGCUUUGUCUUUAUCAACGGGUUCUUUCCCAGGCGCAGUCAUUUGGCGGGGUUUCCUGACACUUUAUGUUCGGGCGUAGGUUUCCAAAAAUGCACAUUUCUGGCUCCCAUGUAGUGUUCUCAUCGUCUAGAACUACCACUAAUCAACUAGCCAUAUUCUAUUUCUCAGCCUGUCAAGAUGUGUGAUUAUGCAUUUUCUAGAUUACUAUAAUUUUGCACACCGCGGUUCAUCUUGACCUUACCCCACAGCGCGUCAUACCUUACGCUACUUACCAUUUUUGGGCAGCUCCAGAAUCUCGCUACAUUUCUAAUCAGUUUACAUAUUCACACCGAUAUAUAAACAUCAUUCACCUUUCUUCAGCAAAUUAUUCAAGCACUGUAUCGCUCUAGUUGCAGCUUCUACUCUUCUCAAUACCGUCAAAAAGAAGGGGAAAAAGAAACAUGACAUCGCCCUUUCCAACCCCCGAGCUCCGCGAGCUCGUCCAAGAAGUCGCGACCCUCCUAAAAGACCGCAAAGAAACAAUCUCAGUAGCAGAAACCGUACAUCUUCCCCUAAGAUAAUCCACGACAAGAAAACACAGCUAACCAGCCGGAAAACAAAAAUAGGCAGCAGGCGGUCUAAUCUCCGCUUCUCUACUCUCCUACCCAGGCGCAUCAACCUUCUACGCCGGCGGCCUGACCCUCUACACGCUCGCCUCGCGCAUCGCUUUCGCAGGCUGGACCCAGGAAACGCUAUCCACGUACUCU